AUGAUUUUGACGUUGCUGAUUGGUUCCCAAGGUGGUUUGCUGUGGUUCGCAGACCAAUUACUUUCUCUGCCCGACCUGUCCCCCCAUACCACCAGCCUCCCGAACCAACAAUUCCCCUCCCCCGCCUCCCCGCCUCUCCCCCCACCUUCUUCCCCUUCAGCUUUCCCCCCCGCCUUCUCCCCCUUCCCCCCAACCUUCCCCACCCUUCCCCCGAGCGUGGCGGAGUUCCUCAAGGUCGGCCCGCCGAUCUUCUCGGCUCUCGCGCUGUCCUACGGCAUCUGGCUUGCCGCGCGCGCGCAGCCGUUCGGCGGAGAGACACCGCGGACCAUGACGCGGGAGUGGAUCCAAGCCAGCGACAAGCUGCUUGACGCGUGGCCGCGGGAGGCGGGUCCUCCCGUCGCCAUAAAUCCCAUCUCCAGGCAGAAUGCUCUGAAGAACUGA